AUGGACAAUACGAUGCCUCCAGCUGGCGACACGGAACUCGAGCAUCUUCAAAACUCGAUAGUCGAGGAGCCCAAACUCUCGGUCCUCCAUAAACUCGUCUAUCGCAGGACCCGUCGGGCACAAGUCUAUCACAGAACUCAGAAUGAACACAUCAACCGCCUAGUCACCGUCGCUGCGGAUCCCACCGCUACAAGAUUACUGGACGGUCGACAGGAUAAGUCGGCCUUUCAUAUCAAAGCCGCCGUUUUCCUCUCCAUCUAUGGCACCAUCUUCGUCGCCGGUCUGCAAAUCUACGCGGCCGUCACUACUCUUUCCCUCUCCCUGUUUGUCACCAUGKCCGAGAGUUGUUGUGAAGCCGUUAGCAAUAUCGGCCUGGACUAUCUGCAUCGGAAAUCCAAAAAGCUCAGUGGCUCUCCUCGCUGGCCUGCUGGCGCGGAACGUUUAGGAAAUGCCGGAAAUAUAUGCUUUGUAAUUCCAUUCGCCCUCACUGCGGUCUCACUCAUUUUGGUCGUGGAGUCUAUCCKCGCCUUGGCCAGCUCUCACCAUGAUCUCGGCAAGUUCGCCAUCCCAGCAAUCGUUGCUGCGGCGUGUGGUUUUGGUAUCAAGCUCUUUCUGGCAAUCUACUGUUUCACCUUUCGGAAACACAGCAGUCAGCUGGAGAUGCUGUGGGAAGAUAACCGCAAUGAUUGUUUUGAGUAUGGCUUUGCCAUAUUCACUGCCUCUGCAGGAGCAAAGUUGAAAUGGUGGGUGGAUCCUGCAGGUGCCUUGCUCAUCGCAUCCGUCAUCAUCCUGACGUGGAUUGGAACGAUCCGCUCGGAGUUUCUGGAGCUUUGUGGGUUGGGAGCCGAGCCCAAGUUGAUUCAGGAGAUAGUAUUCCUGACCCUGAGGCAUUCGGAGUUGAUCCUGAAAGUCGAUACGGUGCAUGCAUAUCAUUGGGGCGAGGACUUGGUUGUUGAAGUGGAUAUCGUCAUGGCGCCUGAGAGGAGUCUGCGAGAGAUUCACGAUGUCUCGCAGGAGCUGCAGGAUAAGUUCGAGACGGUAGAAGGGAUUGCCAGGGCUUUUGUCCACGUGGAUUAUGAAGCGUCACACAUGCCAGAGCAUCGAAAGACCCGAUGA